AUGUCAAAGAGCAUUGUUAACUCUGACUCAAGGAGUGAUCCAACAACAAUUCUAACACAGAGUAAUCAUUCCAAUCAUGUCACUGUCACUAGUCCAGUGACAGGCAGUUCUCAUGAAACAUCCCAGGAAUCAGCCACCAGAAUGUUCUCUUCAGCAGGGCCGACUGAGCCUUGUGAACAUUUGCGGCGCCAGCUUGAUGAAAGUGACCAAUGCACGGCUGCAGUUGGAAUAGUGAACAACUUCAUCCAGAGAUGUACCAACCACACUCCUGACACAGUCGUCUCAGUUUUGGAAAAUAACUUACUAUUUAGAAAUUGUAAAGAUGGAAAACAAGCUGUUGAAGCAGACAAUGUAUUAUUUUACUGUCAAAAUGCAGACGCUGAAAAUUUUCCAGGUCUCCAGUUCCCUAAUCCAGAUACGGAGAAUAUCUCCGACCCAGCGAUUAGAAUCAGUCUGCCACCAACUCUCCUGGACAACAUCAACAUUAAAAUGAAAAUGAUACAAAGUAAAGUAAUAUUAUUCAGGGAUGCAAGACUGUUCCAGGUUAAAAAUCAAACUAUUCUAAAUAAGGUGGUUGGAAUUCAAGUGGGGAAUGGAACAUUUGAUAAUCUGCUUGACCCUGUGAGAAUUGUAUUCAACAAAUCAUCACCGGUAAGGACAUUUUUCACUUUUCAUUAUUCAAUUGAUUAA